GCUAACCUUCUACCUGAAUCUACCACUUGGAUUGUCGUCUUGACAGCGAGCGAGAAAUCACGAAACCAAGGUCUUAUUCUCCACCUCGCAUAGUCAUUGCUUUCUUUUCAAGGCCAUUUCCUCCCAAAACACCUACUUGUUCGAUACGAGCAAUGACGACUUUCAUGGGUCAACCUCACAGCGAGGCUAUCGGAUAUUCCUUCACUCAGACAGCCAGUGUUCCCAUCAAGGAGCAUUCAUUCUACCCAUACACCGAUAAUGGCGGUUCGACAUUAGGCAUCACUGGCUCCGACUUCGCUAUUCUUGCUGGUGACACUCGCUCCGUUGCAGGCUACAAUAUCAACUCUCGCUACGUUCCCAAAGUUUUCAAAAUUGGCGGUGAUGACGAAACUGGCGACGGCGCUCAUAUUCUUCUCUCGGUCGUGGGUUUCGCCGCGGACGGUCAGGCCCUCAAAGAACGACUAGACGCUGUGGUGAAAAUGUACAAGUAUCAGCAUGGAAAGUCAAUGUCCGUUGGAGCAUGUGCUCAGCGCCUGUCGACGAUAUUGUAUCAGAAACGGUUCUUUCCAUACUACGUGCAUGCUAUUCUUGCAGGACUAGAUGAGGAUGGCAAAGGUGCGUUGUACAGCUACGACCCAGUAGGCUCGUACGAAAGAGAACAAUGCAGAGCAGCUGGUUCUGCAGCGAGCUUGAUUAUGCCAUUCUUGGACAAUCAAGUCAAUUUCAAGAAUCAAUAUAUCCCUGGCAGCGGUGAAGGUCAUGCUCUGGAGCCUAAGAGAGCGGAGCCACUGCCAAGAGACACGGUUGAACGGCUUGUACGGGAUGCAUUUACGAGUGCUGUUGAAAGGCAUAUCGAAGUUGGAGACGGUCUGCAGAUGAUGGUUAUCACCAGCGCAGGUAUAGAGGAGAUCUAUUACCCAUUGAAGAAGGACUAAACAAAUUUUAUUUACCUGCGUCGGAAUAAUUUUCAAGGCCAGCAAAGUGGACAGCAUCCUGAAAUUUGGUCCAUUACUGAGCAAGGGCUACUCUCUAUUUGAAGCUGUGUCAUCGUCUCAUUGAGUUUUUGUUGAAUCAGAUAUUACCUCCUCCCUAACGCCAGUACCAUGUCAU